CCUUAAUGAAUAACUUAGGACGAGUAGGAGGCAAAUGCUGCCCCAGCUGUUUCCUGUUGAAAAUGUCUGUGUAAUGUAGAUAAAUGUGAGGGAUUUUCUCUCUAAAUCCGUCUCCUGUUCGCUAAAUCUCACUUCUCCAAAACGAGCCUGCGCAAUGGAACAAAGUCGGAAUAUUGAGAUGUGACAUUGCCCGCAUCUCAUCCUCUUUCUCCCCGUUUUUAAUGACUUCAAACAAGUUCAUUUUCGCCGGGCUUUGUCUUGCGGAGACCCGUGGGGAUGUCUAGCGCUCUUUCCUUUCAGUGGCAUUUAUGUGAUGUCUUUAAGAGUGCGAUGUGCUGUAUCUCCUGUAGCCACACCCUCUCACUACUGCUGUGCGUCCUCACCCUGACUCCGACGGCAACAGGGGCGGGCCCAGAGACCCUGUGCGGGGCGGAGCUGGUCGACACGCUGCAGUUUGUGUGUGGAGAGAGAGGCUUUUAUUUCAGUAAACCAGCAGGCUAUGGCCCCAAUGCACGGCGGUCACGUGGCAUUGUGGACGAGUGCUGCUUCCAAAGCUGUGAGCUGCGGCGCCUCGAGAUGUACUGUGCACCUGCCAAGACAAGCAAGGCUGCUCGCUCUGUGCGUGCACAGCGCCACACAGAUAUGCCGAGAGUACCUAAGGUUAGUACCGCAGGGCACAAAGUGGACAAGGGCACAGAGCGAAGGACAGCACAGCAGCCAGACAAGACAAAAAACAAGAAGAGACCUUUACCUGGACAUAGUCAUUCAUCCUUCAAGGAAGUUCAUCAGAAAAACUCAAGUCGAGGCAACACUGGGGGCAGAAAUUACCGAAUGUAGGAAAAGAAGGAAUGGACAAAUGCCCAGCGACUUGGGAAGAGAGAAGGGAGUGGCCUUACCUGGUACCCCUGUGGAAUGGUUCACUGUAAAACAAAACAAAAAGAAUGCUAACAAAGGUCCCAAAAGCUCUUCAAAAUGAUUGAAACCUGAGAGUUAAGUGGUGUUUAAGGGUUUGAUGAGGGAUCUUGUGAUUAUUUUAUACACUGCACCAUUCCAUAUCGGGAAGAAUUCUUUGUUAAUGCAAUGUAAAAGACUAGUUUAGCUGCUGAGACACGAACAAGAGCUUAUUAUACCUCCAUGUGUGAGCUGCAGCAUCCCCUGGCUCCAGGAAAGGUGGGAACGGAUCUGGGCUUCAGCCAAUCAGUGAGCGACAGGCUAUGUUUGAGAAUGAGCAGUCCAUCCUGUCCCCUGAACUUUGCGGCGGUAAAUCCUUUCAGUCAGAGAGACUCAGAUUCUGAUUCAAAGUGCAAUUUGGCAUAAGUCAGUGGAAUAAGUCAAAUAGCAACAAUCAGGCAAAAUGUUUGUCGUGGCCAAAUCUGAUUUUUGUCAACAAUCCAGUAACCGGUGAUCAACAUUUGAGUCUAAUUGGAGGCCUGUAUUCAAGGUUAAGGGCAAGUCAUGAAAGUUUAGUCACAGCAAGUCAACAAGCGCUCUAAAAAGAGAACUAACAAUAUGUUCCCAAAUCUGUCAACACUUAAAUUUGAAGCAAGAGGAGAGACUAAGAAUAGCCACGUAGAUGGGAAGUUAAAACGAUGGAUCAAUCUCGGCCUGUUAUAUUUUGGUCUUUUAGGGAGGCCGAGAACUUUGCCACUUCAGUUAUCGCUUGGACUGCAUUAUUUGUCAUCAUGGCGAGGGUUCAACAAAACUCCACAGCAUCUGUUGCAAAGUCCACCGGGGUAACAUGCAGAUUAGAUUAUUUGGUAAAUAUUGCAAACCAAAUGACAAGUCUUCCUGGAGAUAUAUGAGAUACGGCACACAUAAAACAGUCCAAAAACACACAUAAAAAACACCCACAGUGUAAAUGAGAGUUGUAUAACUGUGAGUAAGGGUCAAACACACACACACACACACACACACACACACACACACUUUUCAUUUAAAGCCAGUUCUGAGAAGUCCUUGCAUGAGGACUGACAGUCACGGCUGUUUGUUCAAGCCUCCAUGCGGAUUUACAGUAGUUAUAUUGGGUUACAGACAACCCAAGACAUCUCAUCUCUGCCUCCUCUGCCUGUGUAUAAUCAAACAGUACUCCCAUUUAUGUUAACCUAUGCAUACCUAUCAUUCAUUGUACAUGAUGGUUUCAUAUAACAAAACUGUAUUAAGAAUCCUAUCCACUGUAUAAUGGUGCUAUUUUGUAGUUUGUUACUUGCAAGAGACGGCUGAUACAGACAGAUGGCAGGGCUUACAUUGGAGGUCUUCCCUUUUGCACAGCCUUGUGGCCACCAUUUUAAUAGUGUUUUUAUUUGUAAGCUGUUUAAUAAGGUAGUAGUGUAAGCGAGUAAAUGUAUCUGUGAAAUCUGUGAAUGCAUGGAGAUAAAAAAAAGAAGAAAAUAUCAUGUUGUGGUCCCAAGAAGGCAAAAUGCUAUUUUUUCUACUGUUUUUGAAUUAUUUUCUCAAUAUAGAUCCCUUAUGCCAAAUAACUUGACAAAAGUACUGUGAACUGUGAUUCUUCCAAUUGUAUUAAGAU